GAGGGGCGGGACCUGCGGACGCUCUCUUGUGAGGCGCUUGUGCAGCCGAGAGUAGAUGGCUGGGCCAGUGAAGGACAGAGAGGCCUUUCAGAGGCUAAACUUCCUGUACCAGGCCGCCCACUGUGUCAUUGCGCAGGACCCCAAGAACCAGGCGCUGGCGAGGUUUUACUGCCACACGGAGAGGACCAUCGCAAAGCGGCUGGUCUUGCGGCGGGACCCCUCAGUGAAGAGGACCCUCUGUCGUGGCUGCUCUUCCCUUCUCAUCCCUGGCCUCACCUGCACCCAGCGUCAGAGACGAUGCAAGGGACAGCGCUGGACAGUACAGACCUGCCUAACAUGCCAGCGAAGCCAACGGUUCCUCAAUGAUCCUGAUCAUCUGCUCUGGGGAGACCGGCCUGAGGCCCAGCUGGGGAGCCAGGCAGGUGAGAGAUCCCAAAUUGCCACAACCCCUGCCAAACACAGCCCACCCCAUUUCACCCCACCUCCGUGAGGAAAAAGUGCAGCAUCAGAGCUCCAGUCACCAGUGAUGGAUUCACCUUAUCUUCGAAAUAAAGUAUAAUGAUGUCUCA